UCGCGGGCCGAGUUGGAGAAGCAAGUGGAGAAGCAGCUGAAGCUCGGAGUCAUCCGUCCUUCGAAAAGCAAGUGCGCCGCCGCGCCGCACUUCGUGAAGAAGAAGACGGGCGAGUGGAGGUGCGUUUUGGAUUACCGGAGGGUGAACCAAAGCAUGGCUGCCGACUCGUAUCCGCCGGAGUUUCA